ACUCGAAAGCUCAUUAGACUGGUACAUUUUUUUUAACCGGUAUAAAUUGUAUUUAUUCUGUUCAUACCAAAACGAUGUAACAAACAAAGUGUCACCUUGAUGUAUAGCUAAGACUUGUUCCCCUGAUGAUCUUGGAAGAAUUCUUUGUACCUUUCAAGUAUCAGUAAUAUGACAUCACUUGCAUUUGAUCAGUUCCAAAGGAGUUGGAAAGGGACUUGAAAGAUGAUGAAUUUGCUGACCAGCCGGCCUUGAUAUUCUUUCUAAUUCGCUCUAUUUCUGUACAUAUAAAAAACACUAUUUCCUCUUCUAACAACCAACUUCUCCUCACCCAGUUUUACAUUACCAUAAAACUUUUUGCAGUUCUUCAUAUUGAUCACUGCUGAAAAAUGGGGAGAGGUUUUAAGCUUAGAUUCGUGAUGCCUUCUUUCCAGUUCUGUCGCUCCAAGAAACCUUCGUUUCUGGCUUCUAUACACAUGUUUUCCCCAAUCAAUCCUAAAGCAUUCGACAUUCCUUAUCCCGGUUUCCCUGUUCCACCGCCUUCAACGCCAACUCAGUAUCAUGAACACCUUGAAUCGCCCGUUCACAGUUUCAAGAACGAGCAGAAACCUUCUCACAAGACUUAUAAUUCACCGGUUUCGGAUUUUUCAGAUGAGUAUAUGAGGCCCAUUGCACGUUCAAACGGCAAAAAGAAGGCGAAAAUGGGGAGAGAUCAGAGGGCUAAAGCCAAACACAGGCUUAGCAGAAGCAAUAAUUCAACGGGGGAGAAUGGCUGGUUCAGCAGUGAGGAAACAGAGAGCUUAUUUUCAUCUUCUCCGAGCUUCGAUUCCUCAUUCGAUCUUGAUUACCAGACAAACGGAAUAGCCACAAGAAAGCAGAAGAAUGGCUUGAAGGUUCGGACACUGAAACAUUACCUGUCGGGGAGCUUUAAGGAUGCUGAAAACGAUUGUGCAGUCAAGAAAUCGGUUUUUGAGCGGUUGAUGCCUUGCAUGGUGGAGGGGGUUGUGAAGGAAAGCUUUGCAGUGGUGAAGAAAACAGAUGAUCCGUACGAGGAUUUCAAGAUAUCAAUGCUGGAAAUGAUAGUAGAGAAACAAAUAUUCGCAGUAAAGGAUUUAGAGCAGCUUUUGCUGUGUUUUCUUUCUCUCAAUUCACAGCACCACCAUGCAGCCAUUGUGGAGGCCUUCACAGAGAUAUGGUACGAGCUCUUUACCAUAUCUCCAGUUCCUGGUACAAAUUGCCAUGGUACCUAUCAGCACCUUAAAAUUCAGUGA